GCGGGUGACGGUGCGGACGGGUCAGGAGCGUAGAGGCGGCGGCAAAAUGGCGGCGCCUGAGGAGCAGGAUCUAACUCAGGAGCAGACCGAGAAGCUGCUGCAGUUUCAGGAUCUGACUGGUAUAGAAUCCAUGGAGCAGUGUCGCCUGGCCUUGGAGCAGCAUAACUGGAACAUGGAGGCUGCUGUCCAGGACAGAUUGAAUGAGCAAGAGGGCGUACCAAGUGUUUUCAAUCCGCCUCCAGCUCGACCCCUACAGGUUAAUACAGCUGACCACAGGAUCUACAGCUAUGUUGUCUCAAGACCACAACCAAGGGGCCUGCUUGGAUGGGGUUAUUACUUGAUAAUGCUUCCAUUCCGGUUCACCUAUUACACGAUACUUGACAUAUUUAGGUUUGCUCUUCGUUUUAUACGGCCUGACCCUCGCAGCCGGGUCACUGACCCUGUUGGGGACAUUGUUUCAUUUAUGCACUCUUUUGAAGAGAAAUAUGGGAGGGCACACCCUGUCUUCUACCAGGGAACGUACAGCCAGGCACUUAAUGACGCCAAGCGGGAACUCCGAUUUCUUUUGGUUUAUCUUCAUGGAGAUGACCACCAGGACUCUGAUGAGUUCUGCCGCAAUGCUCUCUGCGCACCUGAGGUCAUCUCGCUGAUAAACAGCAGGAUGCUUUUUUGGGCUUGUUCUACAAACAAACCUGAGGGGUACAGGGUCUCCCAGGCCUUACGAGAGAACACCUAUCCAUUCCUGGCUAUGAUUAUGUUGAAGGAUCGGCGAAUGACUGUGGUGGGAAGGCUAGAAGGCCUCAUUCAACCCGAUGACCUCAUCAACCAACUAACAUUCAUCAUGGAUGCAAACCAGACUUACCUGGUGUCAGAGCGCCUCGAAAGGGAAGAAAGGAACCAAACCCAGGUGCUGAGACAACAGCAGGAUGAGGCCUACCUGGCUUCUCUCAGGGCGGACCAGGAGAAAGAGAGGAAGAAGAGGGAGGAAAGAGAGCGGAAGCGCCGGAAGGAGGAGGAGGUGCAGCAGCAGAAGCUGGCGGAGGAGCGCAGGCGGCAGAACUUGCAGGAGGAGAAGGAGAGGAAGUUGGAGUGCCUGCCCCCAGAGCCCUCGCCUGAUGACCCUGAGAGUGUCAAGAUCAUUUUCAAGUUACCCAACGAUUCCAGAGUAGAGAGACGAUUCCAUUUUUCUCAGUCUCUAACAGUCAUCCAUGACUUCUUAUUCUCAUUGAAGGAGAGCCCUGAAAAGUUUCAGAUUGAGGCCAACUUUCCAAGGCGGGUACUCCCCUGUGUCCCCUCUGAGGAGUGGCCCAGCCCCCCCACGCUGCAGGAGGCGGGACUCAGCCACACAGAAGUUCUCUUUGUUCAGGACCUGACAGACGAAUGACACUUUUCUGCCUCUUUUUUCCCACCCCAAUCCCUAAAAGAAAUGGAAAAACAAAAACAGAGAACAAGAGAUAAAUUCAUAUUAUUAUUAUUAUAAUACAAUAUUUUUUUUAAAAAAACUGCUGCAUCCUAUGGAAGGAUCAGAAACCACGCUGCCUGCAAGAGCCACAACCUGCGUGCGUGUGCAAAGCCAGCGGUGAGCACACCUGCUCUGCCUUCCCACAGUGAAGAGACAUCACCUCCAACCCAGCCAGCGGCCCACGUGGGGAAGGAAGGAGACAUUCCCACUGUUUCUCAGUCAUUCUUGCUUUUGUAGAAAAUACAAAUGAAACCCUCCCAUCAGCGACAGCAGCAGCUCCUGAGACCUGCUCCUCCCACUUCUGGAGGAGGAGGGGAGAGACGGAACAGACUGCCCACAGUUUAUGAAUAACUUUGUUUCUGUUUGCUUUGUAAUGAUAAUGACCAAAGGAAUGAGGCUGACUUAGGUGUAUUUUUUUUCCUUAGAUUUGAUAAAAAGCCAAUGCCCUGGGCUCCUCUGCCCAGGCGGUGUGGUAAAGGUGCCCUGGGCUCCUCUGCGCUUCCUUCUGCCACGGUCCCUCGGUUCAGAGAGGUCAUUUGGUUUGGUACAGUUCUGCCACUUGUGUGUCCCAUUUGGAGCACUGAGGAUUGUGACCCACACGAGGCCAUGUGGGGUGCACUCACCUUUACACACAAGCACAGCUUUCCCUGGCAUCUGUACCCGGUGGUGAAGGGGUCUGAACCAAAGGCUAGCAGCCCCUGGUUCCCCUCUGACUGCUCGUGCUGCUCUUUCCAGCGUCCCUAACUUGCCAGGCUUGGUGCCUGUCCAGAGGACCAGCAGCCCCGCCUCAGGCCCCGGGCCCACCAUUCCACCUGUGGCUGCUCGCAUGGUUCAGUGCAGUGUGAUAAUGGUGUUUAAGGAUAGACCCAUCGCAGGCAUGGUGGUGCGCUGGGAGGCAGAGGCAGCAGAUCUUUGAAUUCCAGGCCAGCCUGGUCUACAGAGUGAGACCCUAUCUCAAAGUAAGUUUUGAACCAGAAACUUUGAAAGGGAAAUUGGACUCCCAACCUCUGUGUGAUGUUGGAAAGCACAUUUCAUGGCACCAGAGAGUUUGCAGUCUCCCUCUUGCCUGGGUUCAGCAGCAGGAGCUUUCCCCCUCGAAAUGUCUCAUCUGUGAUUGAAUUUUUGGUAGUGGGUAUGUGGUUGAGCCAUGUGUUGGCGCAUGCCAGUGUGCACUGACAAGUAUUCCAGUGUGACUGGCUAGGCUGGCACAGGCUUGACACACUGCAGCCCUCUGGGCAUUCCAGUCGAGAGAGCAUAGCUUGUGUUGGUCACCUCCGAGAGCCCUCUAGAGCUGCUGCUCUCCAGUGUUAGAGGGAGCCUGGGGAGGACAUCUCCAAGGCCUUAGUGUAGGGCUCUGAACUCUACCUUGGGAAAUGUUAGCGCUGCUAAGUCUGCUGGCCCUACAGUGAGGACCCUCAGAUGCGAUCUGCCUUGCUGGCACCCACCGAUGCAGAGGGCUUUUCCCGCUUGGAGCUUCUAGUCCCUGUCUCUGCCUGGCAUAUGGCCAUAGGACUGGAAGUAGUGUCUUGUUCACAGCUGCUUGGGGAAAUUCUGACUUUUCCCUCUUAAUCUCUUUCUGUAAUGUGUACAUUUUAAUUUUAUACCUUUUGCCUUCAGAUAACUGCAAAAAGAUACUAGAUGCUGGACUAAUAACACUAGCGUCCUCUGUUGCCACAGCUCUGAGAGCAGCCUGCCCAUGUCCUGGAGGCUUCUGCUGAAGUUCCUACCCAGCUCUUGUCAUCUGACCCCUCCCUUACUUUUAAGAUAUGUUCUGAUGGCCCAGAGUGGCCCCAAACUCCAUACCCAAGGCUGGCCUUGAACAACCCUCCUGCCCCCCACUCCUGGGGUGGGGCCUGGCUGUGUGCCACUGCAUCAGGCUCUCCAGGAGUUGUGAAACACUUCCAUUUUCUUGUUGUCCAUUUCUCUCCAUGGGUGAGCGUGGACUUCACAUUUUGUCCCUCAGGCCAGUUCAGUCUGUGACUCCCUAAGACCCUUGAGCUUGAAGAGACCUGCGACCAUUUGCUGUUGUUUAAAUUGCUUCCAAAAUAUUCCACUAAUUGUUCCAAAGUCAAGUCGUUUCCAGUUCUGCCCCUCAAUCCCCUUUGAAGUGGCCUCAGCUGACUGACCGUGGGGAUGACCAAGCAACAGUGCCUCAGUCUGGUCUUUUCUCCCUCUGCAGAAUUGUCUGCGGCAGAUAGGUUUUGUUUCUGGUUCUGGUUCUCUCCUUGGUUGCUUCCACUGUGAGAUGCAGAGAAGGGAAGGCAAGAGAAUUCCUGUUUCUUUUAAAACUAAAAAAACAAACAAACAAACUAGAAUUUCCAGCUGAUCAGUUAUUAUGAAAAUUGCUAAUGGUGCCAAGGCCAACGAAAGAAUGUCAGAAGGUGACUGAGAAGGAGCAGUGACCCCAGAGCACAGAAUCCGAGGUGUCGCCUGGCGCUCAACAGGGACCCACCGUACAGCUGGUUGGCUUUUCUGUUUGUCUGGGGGGAGGUUUUAACUCCGUGAAGAACGAAGCAACAAAAAAAUGCAUCCACGAGAGAUGCAGUGCCCACCUGUACUGCACCUGUGUAGUUGAUAAUUUCCUGAAGAAAUCUAGUGUACUUCAAAUUUUUUCAUAAAGGUUUACAUUGUAUUGUAGGUUAACAUUAAACGUUUUAUAACAAAAAAUUACAAAA